AACGCGCGGACUGAUUUUUACUGUUUUUGAAGUUUUUUAGGUUUGCGCUUAGUUUGUUUUAGUUGUUGAGGUUUUAGUUCAAGUGAAUUUUACCUUCGAGUAUGUUGCAAGUGAGAGCAUAUUUUACCAAAGAAAACAUUAUCCUCCCGGAGCCUGUUCUGUCUCAGCUUUGUAGAGCAGCCCAAGCACAGUCUUUGAAUGAACGCGAGAUAGAGCACCUGUGUUUUGAUUUAUGGAGGAAUAGCGAUCUGCGGGCAUGGAAUCUUCCUCCACAACAGUCCCCUUUAGCCAAAGUGACGAAGAAGUCGACGGUGUUUGAGAUCUCUGAGUCGAUCAUUCUACAGAUUGAUUUCCUCCGCGAUAUCAGUCGUCCAGCAUACCAACAAUUACAGAAAGUGAUCAAUCGGUUUGGUGAAAAUGUUCUUGUCUCCGAAGAACAGGAAGCAGCUGCUCACGACAAUACAACCGUAACAACUGCUUCAGUAUCCAACAAAAACAAAACAAAAGAGGAAAGCAGUGGAAAGCGUGUGUUGUUAGUUGAGUUUACCGAUGGUGUGACAACUAUUCGCGGCAUGGAGUAUAAUCCCAUUAGCCAGCUGAGCACAUACACUCCGCCUGGCACUAAAGUUCGGCUGCUGCCGCCGAUAACAUGCCGAAGAGGCAUGAUGCUGUUGAAGAGUGCGAAUAUCCAACUCAUUGGCGGUAGUGUCCCGGAACUCUGCGCAAAACAUGCGCAAAAAUACGUGCUGGCCUCCGUUUUGAAAGGAAAAGAGGGUUUUCUGGCCGAAAUGGAAAAGGCAGCGCCUCCUUGUCCUCCACCAACAGCGACAGUUAGACAGGACGCCACCAUUGCUACAACGAUUAGUGCUCAACAGGCUGCGGACGGUGAUUCUGCCUUUGACCCGGAAGGAGAUGCUUUUAUGGCAGCUCUCCCUAUGGACGAAUUCUUGCCCAUGGAUUCUGUCGAUACUGAUGAUUUCCUGUCUAAGGCUCUCGACGCGUACGAAACGCAGAACCUAACACCCAAUACGGAUUCCGCUGAUAAUGUGAUAAUCAUAGACUAGCAAAUUAAAUAUUGGCUACUAUUACUGCAACUUUGUAUCUGAUGUUGCACCUUUCUUGAACGAAUCAACUUUGUUUCAGAAAACCUUGUCCGUUUUGCCACAGUAUAAUUAAUAUUCAGUAUUAAUCACAAACUCAGUUCUGUUAUUACCUAUGUUUCUUUAAGCAACCGCAAGAUGUAAGGUGGUAUUGUAUUCGAAACACAUGGCACUGUACUGCUGGAAAGUUUGAAACGCGUUUUCCAACAGUCAGUGCUGUUAAAACAACCAUUCAGAAAACGAUACUAAA